UGUCAUCGUUGUUUGAUAGGACAGAAAGAAAUGGAGAGAGGAGGGGAAGACAGAGAUGGUGAGAGAAAGACGCCUACAGACCUGCUUCACCGCUUGUGAAGUGACUUCCCUACAGGUUAAGAAAAGUCAGACCCACAGUGAAUAGGUUGGUGCCAUCCUCCAGCCAAAGGUGUUCCCUCUGCUGUUCAUCGGAUGUGGUCGUGAGGUGGAACCCACAGACCCUGCAGGAAGGGGGCUCCCAGGGCUAUGGCCCAGGUCAGCAUCAACAGUGACUACGAUGAGUUGGGCUCAAGCACAGAUGCUGGGGAGCGGGCCCGUCUGCUGCAGAGUCCCUGUGUGGACACAGCUCCCAAAACUGAAGGGGAAUUCUCUCCUGGGAGCCUGGCCAGAGGCAACACUUCCACACUGGGGGCCGUUUUCAUCGUAGUCAAUGCCUGCCUGGGUGCAGGGCUGCUCAACUUCCCGGCAGCCUUCAGUACUGCCGGGGGUGUGGCAGCCGGCAUCACACUACAAAUGAGCAUGCUGGUUUUCAUCAUCAGCGGCCUUGUCAUCCUGGCCUACUGCUCCCAGGCCAGCAACGAGAGGACCUACCAGGAGGUGGUCUGGGCGGUAUGUGGCAAGCUGACAGGCGUGCUGUGUGAGGUGGCCAUCGCCACCUACACCUUCGGCACCUGCAUCGCCUUCCUCAUCAUCAUCGGAGACCAGCAGGACAAGAUUAUAGCAGUGAUGACAAAGGAGCCUGAGGGGACCAGCUCCUGGUACACAGACCGAAAGUUCACCAUCAGCCUCACUGCCUUCCUCUUUAUCCUGCCCCUCUCCAUCCCCAGGGAGAUUGGCUUCCAGAAAUAUGCCAGCUUCCUGAGUGUCGUGGGCACCUGGUAUGUCACUGCCAUCGUUAUCAUCAAAUACAUCUGGCCAGAUAAAGAGAUGACCCCAGGGGACAUCAUGACCAGGCCGACUUCCUGGGUAGCUGUGUUCAAUGCCAUGCCCACCAUCUGCUUUGGCUUUCAGUGCCAUGUGAGCAGUGUUCCUGUCUUCAACAGCAUGCGGCGGCCUGAGGUGAAGACAUGGGGCUGGGUGGUGACGGCUGCCAUGGUCAUAGCCCUCGCUGUCUACCUGGGCACAGGCAUCUGUGGUUUCCUGACCUUUGGAGCCGCUGUGGAUCCUGAUGUGCUGCUGUCCUACCCCUCAGCGGACAUAGCUGUAGCCGUUGCCCGAGCCUUCAUCAUCCUGAGUGUGCUCACCUCCUACCCCAUCCUUCACUUCUGCGGGAGGGCGGUGGUGGAGGGGCUGUGGCUGCGCUACCAGGGGGUGCCCGUGGAGGAGGACGUGGGGCGGGAGCAGCGGCGGCGAGUGCUACAGACGCUGAUCUGGUUCCUGCUCACCCUGCUGCUGGCGCUCUUCAUCCCAGACAUCGGCAAGGUCAUCUCCGUCAUAGGAGGCCUGGCUGCCUGCUUCAUCUUCGUCUUCCCAGGACUUUGCCUCAUUCAAGCCAAACUCUCUGAAAUGGAAGAAGUCAAGCCAGCCAGAGACAGCCAGAAAUUGACGGAGAAGGGGAAGAUAGAGAGGAAAAGAGACAGAGACAUCUGUAGCACUGCUUUACCACUUGCAAAGUUUUCCCUCUGCAGCUGGUGGGUGCUGGUCAGUUAUGGAGUCCUUUUGGUCACCAUGGGAGCUUUCAUCUUUGGUCAGACCACAGCCAAUGCCAUCUUUGUGGAUCUCUUGGCAUAACCACUCACUCCAAGGAACUCGUGACCUUUAAUCAUACGGUUGUAGGAGCCCAACACACAACUACACGGUGUCCUGAGUUUGGUAUCAGUGCCCUCUACUGGUGGGAGGACAUCUGGACAUCCUCUUCCAGGGACAGGUGUGGGGUGAAAUCAGUCCCCACAUCUCUGAACAACUCAAACCCAGCUCCCUUCCUGUGUCCACACCCUGGCAGUGGAUGGUGGGAAGUCUCAUGUCACAGAGGGCCCUUCACCCCACUCCAACUCUCAACUGUUCCAUGCUCAGAUCCCAUCAGUGAAGAGGGUCAACGGGUCUCAGAAGAAAGAGUGAUCAUCCUUCCCAAAGCAGCAGCUGUCCUGAGCAGGGACUGUGCUCAUUACCCCAAGACUCAGUGCCUGCUCCAGUGUGUCUGUCACUCAGCUAGCAAUGGCUUCCUCUAAUAGCUAUCUGGUAUCUUCCAAAGGUAGCACUGAAGUUGUGCAGAAGCUCAGAGGCAGAUAGAUUCAGGCCUUGUCCACACCCCGAGCACCUAGAAUAGACCCGACAACCCUCUUUCCUAUGGCCGGUGGGUAUUUCCAGAGUCUUUGGACCUCAACUAUCUCCCCAAACCUGCUGGUCCAGGCACCUCUCUCCUUCUCCCCCUCCAUCCUCAGACAUGAUCAAGUCUAAUGUUUACAGUCGGUACCGGCCCUGCUCUGGACACCAGGCCAGGGCGGCCCCGUCCCAUGGUGCUUUGAGUACUCCGUUAGCUUUCCUCACGAGGGUGGGAGAGUCUGCUUUGCUCGCUCUCUCUCACUCUCAGACUCCGGUUGGGCUCCUUUUUCAGAGACACUAGUUUGGGUGAUGGAGAAGCUCAGAGCCUUUUAGACCUAUGCAGGCUGGGCAGGUCAGGGUCAAGGAGAACCUCCCUGAUGUCUUCUCUCCUAUGAUUGCUUCCCUUUCCCAUGCCUACUUCUCUCCCCCUCCCCAGCCAGCCCUACCAUGAUAACCCAGAGAGAAGAAAGGCUGACUGAGCAACACAGAUGCAGGUUUCCCUCCCAAUCUGAAUCUCACUGUCUGUCACUUCUAACCCCCCCUACCCCAUUUCUCUGCACAGCUCAAUCUCUCCUGCUCACCUAAGUAUGGGAGGGUGAGAGGGGCUAUUCCGAGUCUUCUUUGCUUGUUUCCUCAAUUCCACACACCUACCAAGCCCGCCCAUGGCAGCCUGUCAAUCACAAUGGAGUCACAUCUGGAUUACUGCCCCAGGCAGGGUUGAACAGGAUACUACCCACGUCCACCCCUCCCCCCCCAGUACUCCCAUAGAGCUACCUUGGCCCCUUUACUUUGGCCAACCACAAGCACCAAAUUAGACUUCCUUCUGGAACACUCAGUAAACUCCUCAAUCCCACCUGCACAAAACUUACACGCUGGGGUAUGUGGUAGGGGAAGCAGACCCUUCUCCCCCCACCCCCCAACCAGCCAUCAGCCUUCCCACUCAGGACAACAAAAUUGAUCAUGUGUACUUGGUCUCAGACUAUAUGACUUGCAUUUCUUCACAUCCCUUUUCAGGCCCAAAGCCAGACCCACUCUGUUGUUACUUCUCACCUGCUACACAGCACCCAGCCUGACAAGGUCAGGAUGACACAGUUAGCGGGACUGCAGAGCCUCCAUCACGGCAUCAGGAAUGGAAGUGGGUGGAGUAAGCAGGGCCACUGCAUAGAUCUGUUGGAAAAAGAAGCUGAAAUUAAGCCUUCUGGCCUAAACUCAGGCAUCCCCAUCCUGUCCUGGCCACCAGGCCACAUUACUGUUUGUUUUCUUCCUGCACACAUGCAGGUUAGGGAAUUUAAUAAAGGGGCUUGUGCUGCUGA